GCUUGCAAUUGAGCUUGGACUGCCUGUGGUGGCAGGUUCUUUGGCGCAGUCCUGGGAACAAAUCAAUCGCGCGGUUACCAAAUUUUCGUUUGGUCUCUUGGCGGCAAAUGGGUCGAUUCAGGCUGGGUUAGAUUGAUGCAAUUUUCACAGUUUUAGCUAGUUGAGCGUUUUAGCCAUGAAGCAGGAAAUUUUUAAUCAGAUACUAACAAUGAUGCGUAACGAUGGCUCUCGGGAUUGUUUGAAGACCAUAGCUUUGCAGUUUCCUGGUGUAACAUAUAACACUCUUGUUAGUAUAUACUCACAGGACUACCAAAAAAAGACACGAAAAAACCAUCAUAAACACCACAAGCCAGAUGUGAUGGAGAAUUACUAUAAAAGAUAUUUGGCAGGUGUAGCUCAAGACUCUGGAGAGCCUGCUUUAUUAAGGAUUGCUGAGGAGGUUGAUUUGUCUCAUUCACUUCUGGCAAGAAUAGUUCUAGAAAGGCAUCUUUCCCAUACUUGUUAUGAAGGACAAAAUCCUCCAAGAGGUGUCGUCAGUCAGAUGAUGAAAGACCCUCUUUCUCUUAUAGAGGACAAGACACUUGCUAAUGAAGUCAACCAGUGUAUACUCAAUGAUCCAAACUAUGGACCCUUGAUGGACAACAUAAAACGAUCUAUUGGCUAUGAAUAUGAGUUAAUCCUCCGAGAGAGACUUCAAAAUCGUGGCAUACCUUUCCUUGGUGAGGAUGACAUGAGAAGUCGCGGGUAUGACAAGACACCAGACUGCAAACUAGAAAUCCCUAUUGCUGUUGAUGGUUUCGUUGUGAACUGGAUUGAAAGCAAGGCGUCCUUUGGCGACGAGUAUAAUCACCAGACUUAUUUAAAAGAUCAGUUCUGGAGCUACUGGAACAGAUUUGGCCCAGGCAUGGUAAUUUACUGGUUUGGCUUCAUAGAUGAACUGGAUUGCAACCGAGAACGAGGAAUCAUUUUGAAAGAAGACUUUCCUACCGACAUCGUGACGUUGGAAUCUCUUUUGGAAACUCCGUGAAGGGCCGGAUCACGAGGCAAGAAAAUGAGAUCACUCUGAGAAUGUAGAAUGGAAAGAGAUCCAGGUUAGUCCGCCUUUGAUCUGAACCUUUGUUAUAAAACGAGCGUUGACUCGCGAGGUUCGCGAGAAGAAUGUGAUAGCGUGACGGCCGCGCGUGGAUGUCACCCUUACUAGCAUGGCAUGAAAGGCUAUUAAAACGGCAAAGAACUUAACUGUGAAAAAAAAGACGAGGUUGAAAGAAGUACAACAGAAAAAACGUCCUAGUGACACUUGGUGCAUUUCCAGGAUUUUUUUUUUUUCAUUGAAAAACCGUGGCUUGGUUCGUCGUGUUGGUUUACAGCGACUUCCUGUAUUAAAGAGAAUACUGUUUCAGAAACAAGAAAAGGAUACAGAAAAUAUCUAAACUUGUGAAGUUUGGAUUUACGUGGAUCCUAACUGAAGCGCCAUUGCGACGUAAAUAGAUUCCAGGAACAAACAACGCCAGGCAGUGUUGGCAUAGAACAAUGGACAGAGGAAAAGCUGCCUUUCUCGAUACACUUCUGCUCACUAUGAGCGCUUUGAGGGCAGUUUAAUUCUUACAUCUUUAAGUGGAUUAGAGACAAGGAAACUUCUAAGACUGAAAUAAUAUCUGGUUUAUUGGCCCAGCAAAUGGAUUGGGUGAGCGACUUACUUCUAGAGAGACCCAGAUAUCUGAACACCCUAUUUUACGCUGCACGGUAGAAUAUAUUUUGUUAUCUUGAAGCUCUUUCUUCAGAGUUUUGGGUUUGAUAUCAAGAUUAUCAAGUUAUAUUCUCUGAUAUUUUAAACUGAAGGAUAACCCUGCUAACAGUAAUUUUUCUACGAUAAAAUGACAAAGCAUAAAACGUCUCCGAAGGUUGCUAUUCAGUUCCAAAUCAUUAAUCAGUUUGCACAAAUGAAAACAGAUGCAGAUGUUUGAAAUUCUAAAUGGUAAAUCGAAAUACGCGUUUGUUUGUUUGUUUGUUUGUUUGUUUGUUCAGAAAUUGGACUUGGGGUAAGGCGAUGAUGAACUUAAAGUCGGCACGUACUAAAACCAUCCAACCAUGCAACCAUCCAGGAAAACCUUAAAAUGAGAUCGAGAUCGCAAAAAGAGAUCGAGACAAGAGUGCAAACUCUCGCUCCCGUUCGGCCGCCACCAGCUUUAAUGCUUUUUAGGCGGUUUUUAUGGAAUUUGAACCAGCUCACAUUUUUGCUCGUGAGUCGUCAGAGUUUUUUCUUGAUUGCCCUCGCUCGCUGAAUUAAAAAUGAAUAAAACUGUCA